AUGUUGACUGGAACUUUGAUUGUGGAUGGAGGAGCUGCAGUAACUGCCAUGCUAUCAAAUUCAGCCUUUGUAGCUGUUAACAUUGAAAGUCCAUAUAUGCUGGAGGAAGAGUACCUGCCAUUUCCUGAUGAUGAUGUUCCAGAUUUUAGAACAACUAUGACUGAAAUAUAUGAUGCUAGUAUUAAACUUGCUGUCAAGAUACUUGAAAUUGUGGGCUAUGCAUUACAACUGGAUGAUCCACAGUAUUUUAUAAAAAGACAUCAAAGCUUACUUGAUAGAGUAACUGAGAGCUAUACAACAGCUCGUGUUCUUUAUUAUCCUCCUCUUCCUUCUAUUGGUGACAUUAAACCUGGUCAAUUAAGAUGUGGAGAACAUGUGGACUAUGGAUCAAUUACACUACUCUUUCAAGAUCCAAAUGGAGGACUUCAGCCUCAUAGAGUACUAAAUCCUGUUGAUGAGUCAAUACAAAGGAAAAGUCGUCAGUCACUUGCUAUCUUUAUUCAUCCUGAUAAUGAGACAGUGAUAGAAUGUAUUGAUGGAUCUAACAAAUAUCCUCCUAUUACUGCCUAUGAAGACACAUAUCAAAGACUAUUUAGGACUUAUAAAAACAAUUCAUAG